AUGCAACGAAAACUACCAAAACUUUAUGGCAACCGCCCAAUCGACGCACCCUCUCAGAGAAUUCAUGGCAUCAACACCCAAGAACCUACAAUGUCCCGGAAAGAAGCCCUAGAAGCUAUCUGCCACCCACCGUCCGGUGGAAAAAGAAAAGCCAAGACAAACCUUGAUACCUCUUUUCCUUGUGGAAAUUUUGACGUCGACUUUUCAGCCAAAUGUGUUGUGAUGCACGGUUUAAGGUACGGUGAGGUGGUGGACUGGAAAGCUUGUCUGGCACAUAGAGCGGAUAUUCUUGGGUUCCCUAAGGCACGCCUUGUCCUCGAGGCCCAGGCGUAUCUGAUGAGUUCACUGCGCAAGGUUGUUGAUGGCAUACUUCAAGGUGUUGAUACGAAUGCAUCACCUGCAGCUGAAAAGUGGAAUUCCAUGGCCUGGGGCUGGUUAAAGAAUGAAUGUGAACAUGUCAAAUCAAUCCACGAUCGAUUUCGAGAUAAUAUUGCACAAAGCGAAAAUCUUCUAACGAAGUAUGAUAAGGCGUUGGGCGCACUUGAACUUUUGGUGGUGAAUAAGGUCAAUCGUCGUGCCGGCCUUCUUGGGCAAAGGACUUCGCAGCGACCUGGAUGCUCUCACAACUAUAUAAUAACACGGAGAUCCCAAGACCAAGGACCUGAUAUCCUCGAAACAAGACGGAAAGGAGGACUUCGUUCCGAUGAAAAAUAUUUAUUCGAAAAUGACCUCCUGGAUUACUGUGUAUUUAAUCUACGAGCAAGACCAGACAGGCAAGCAAACCUAGAUCCAAAAGAAAACCGAUUACCUUUGGAUCAUGCACUAUUAUUUUCUCUUAGAGAAAAUCACCUUGCUAAGAGUAGUUUCAAAGAAAAGUCUCGCGUAGAUGAGAUCUUAUCCAGCGAUCUAUCCGAUCUAGCAGCCUGUCAUGAAAUCUUGGUAGCAAUCAGUUUACAUCGACCUCAAAGUCAUGCUAGAACUUUGGACGAGGUGAAGCAAUCAGAAAAAAGAAAACCCUGGAAAGCUUUUGGCUUGAGAUACUUUACCAACAACGAAUGCUCCAAGCUUGGAAAAGCACUCUUUAAGGAUUUCUACGAGAUUCAGCUUCCUAGUGAUCGGAAGAACAUGGCUUGGUUGGAUCGUACCAAAAGUAGCAGGAAAGCACUUGAGGCAUUCUGGUAG